GCACGUGGUGCUUCCAAAAGACUUGGUGAAGUUGGUGCCCAAAACCCACCUGAUGAGCGACAAGGAGUGGAGAGGCAUCGGUGUACAGCAGAGUGAAGGAUGGGUGCACUACAUGAUACAUGACCCUGAGCCACACAUCUUGCUGUUUCGUCGGCCAAUUUCCAAAGAUUCUACGGCAGUGAAGAAGUAAUCCACACAAAGUCUAGUAUAUGAUGGAGUCUCACUUUAGAGAACUGGUAUAUCCUGUCCAUUGAUUCUGUUAACAUUACUCUAUAUUAGCGUCUUGAUUUUUAUUUAGAUCUAUUAAGUUCGUUUUAUUGAUCUCGUGGCAGUGUCUGAGAUUUUAAAUAUGGCAGUGCCAUUCUAGUUUUUUAUGCCCUAGUGAAGUCUUCUAGUUAUGUCUAGUGAUGGAACCCUCCGUUAUUUAUUGUUUAGAACCAUCUGAUGAUGGUUGAGAUAAAUGCGCUCCCGGGCUGCUGUUGAAUAUUUGUACAAAUUGUCUUAGGUUUUCCUAACUAGUUAUCAAUAAACUAUUUUGGUGAAUGUCAA